AUGAUAGGUCCGGAAAAUGCAAGAGUAGAGGGUCGGGCGACGGACUCGAUUGCAGUACUUCCUUUGCUUACGCUCGGGAAGUUUCUUUCAACAAGAAGAACCUUCGAAGCAAAACAAACAGAGAUAUUCUCUGAAUUGUCCGAAAAAUGGUGGGACGUUAACGGUGUACUCAAACCUCUUCAUGCAAUGAAUUUAUUACGAAUUCCAUGGAUUAGAGAUCGCUUAGGUGUUAUCGGUGCUUUUAAACCUUCUGCAACAGAAAGUACUCCAUUUUCAGGGUUGUCGUUUUUAGACGUGGGUUGUGGAGGUGGAGUUUUAUCAGAGCCUUUAAGUCGUUUAGGAGCAGACGUCGUAGGUUUGGAUUGCAACAGCGACAUGUUAAAUCUAGCAGUUUCACGCUUACAAAAAAAGCAACUUCUGAAUUUAAACUAUGUACAAUCGACAAUUGACGAAUACGUUGACGAAAAUACGGAAAAGUACGAUGUCGUGGUGGCUUCCGAAGUUAUCGAACACGUUGAAGAAAAGGGCGAAUUCAUCAAGGGUUGUGUCAAAUGUCUUAAACCUGGAGGAUCUAUCUUUGUCACAACGAACAGCAAGUCUCCGAUCGCGGAAUUUCUUGCCAUUACGGUAGCGGAAAAAAUUUUUCGACUGGUACCUGAAGGAACCCACCAGUACGAAAUGUUUGUCGAUAUCGACGAUCUGAAACAGUUACUUCAGAGAGAACUGACAACAGUAGAAAUGGAGUACACAAAUAUUAAUCUAAACAACAGGGAUCAUGUGGGUCUGAUUCGAUUGCCGGACAUAUCAUACCUUGAUUUCUACAGGGCGUCCGACGACACUGCGUGUGACAAAUACAUCAACGUAAUCAAAAUGGUCAGAUGA